UAACUGUCUAAGAAAAAACGCCGCAAGAUAGCCGUGGGACCGUUCCCAACCGGUCUUGACUUUCUCACGAUCCCGAAAAAGAAUUUCCAAAACCAGUCAGGGACUGGGAGCUUAAGCUUGUCGUUGCGCAAAUAACGGAGAGGCUUAAAAAACCCACAGCGCUGAAAGCAAAACACUUUCAUCUUGUAGCUACUUUAAACGGUGAUGGUUGCGUUUUAAAAGUUUUGCCAAUGUGUUAGGAUACGAGCUCCAUCGCUCAUAUUGAUUUCUUGCCUUUCAUUAUUAUAGUCUGGUGACUCGUGCGAUUCUUUGAACUGCUAAACUGUCAAUGGUAGUUAUGAUGUGCAUUUUACAUCUUGAAUGUUUUGUUUUUUUUAACCAUAAUAUCCCAAAUACAUAAAUAUGGCAACAUGAUGCAUUUAUUACAUUAGGCAUUUUCAAAAUGAAUAAAAAAUAUGUUAAAUGUACUCUACAGUCCUCGUGAAUUAAUCAAAAAUGCAAGGUCUCGUUUAAGUGCAUUCAGAAAGAUCAUACCCGCAUCCUUCAUGCGCAGCUAUUUUCACACACCGCUUAUGGCAUUCACGAGGCAUUUCCACCCAAUAAAUGUCACUGUAGUCGUGGCAUUUAAUUAACCUCUACAAUCACGUGACUUGGGACACUGAAACUUGUAAAGUAGAAAAAAUAGACGCGGACCAGAUAUGCAGCAUCAGAAGCGGCUAACUAGGCACUAUUCGAAAAUCAAGUUGCCGUCAUCUCACGGCAUUGAACGCUCACGAAUCGGACUGCAAUAGGAGUACCGUUAGAGAAGGGGAGAGGCGUCAUCGUCGUUUCUUUGAGGCUGGGAACAGAUUGACUAGCUGAGACAGAGUGGUAAAACGGGAUUCGGAAAAUGCUUCGAACUGUUUAAAACCUAACGCGCCUCUCCCUACUUUCAAACGGACUGCAUGAUUGAUGGUUCAUUAUAUGUCUAUAAUAUUGUGGAUUCAUUCGCUCACCACUCCUCGAUGUGAAUUUGGUCAGGGCUCGGACCAGAGCGCGAGACUAUCCCGCGCGGUAUCCGUCGGUUUUUCUCCCGCUUCGGAUUUACAGAAAGUCCGGGACGUGACUCGCCUCGCCAGCAUGACGGACAUGUGAACUGUGGCGUCUGGAUGGAAAGUUGAGAGGUAAAUGCGUACAAGAGAGCUUCACCAUAAAUAAGCAUCACGUGAGUAUGACGGCUGUGCGGACUCAGGAACAGGGAUCUGUGGCCCCGCCCCUGCCAGCCCCACCCACGCUAGCCGCUCCCUCCCUGGCCCCGCCCCCGCGGAGCCCGUCCUGCUUAGCCCCGCCCCCGCCGAGCCCGUCCUGCUUAGCCCCGCCCCCGCCGAGCCCGUCCUGCUUAGCCCCGCCCCCGCCGAGCCCGUCCUGCUUAGCCCCGCCCCCGCCGAGCCCGUCCUGCUUAGCCCCGCCCCCGCCGAGCCCGUCCCUCUUAGCCCCGCCCCGGAGGCUGCUGCAUUUAUGCUGGCCGCACAGGAAAGCGGCGGGGGAGGGGGGGGAGGCGGCUCCGCGGGGGCGACUGCGGAUUCGCUCCACCCCCGGAGGGUUCCUCAUCCUGGGCGUGCUGGUGGUGCUGGUGGGCGCUGCCAUGGCGACGGCGGGGUACUGGCCGCACCGCGCCCCCCGCGCGGCGGUGCUGGGUCAGGGCGUGGCAGGCGGGGUUCUUCCCGCAGGUCGGGUCCACGGUGAGCGGCUGAAGCUGCUGGGCCCCAUCGUGAUGGGCGUCGGCCUCUUCAUCUUCAUCUGCGCCAACACGCUGCUGUACGAGAACCGCGACUGCGAAACGCAGCGCCUGCUGGCCCAGGAGCACGCCGCCGUGUGCGCCAUGGCGCCCGCCUGGGACCCGUCCCCGGCCCCGCCCCCGCGCCACGCCCAGCCAGGCCCCGCCCUGGCCCCCGCCGACCUGAACAUUCACUGCCUGGGGGAGGCGUCGGGGUUGGAGUGGGCGGGGUCAGAGGCCACGCUGCUGCAGGUUGGGGGCGGGGCCACGCUGCUGACGAAGGCUCUGCAUCACCAGGAGUCAUCCUCACACUCUGCCUCGCUGCGGUCGCUGCAGUCUGGCUCCUGCAACUCCAGCCAGGCCAACUUUAACGUGCUCACGGGGUCCCCCCUGCGGGACCCCCGCCCCACACCCCUCAUCAAACUCAACAACUGCCCCGCCCAGCCCUUCUCCCUCCAGCCCUCCCCCCCUGCUUGUGCGGGGGGCGACUGGGGCACCCCAACCCCACCUAGGCGCUCGUACAGUCUGAGCAGCAGGACUAAUCCUGGCCACCCCACCCCCCAUUUACCUCCUGCACCCCCCACCCCCCCUGCUGCCCCCGAGUCUCUCAGGAAGGACUUCAGCUCAAACCUGUGCCUGAACCUGGGGAGUCUGAAUGCCCCCCCAGGGGACCGGAAGCACCGCAGUUGGCCCCGCCUGGACCGCGGGGGGGCCCGCAGGUACCUGAAGCUGGAGAAUAAGGAGGAUUCUGUGGACAGGCUGCUGGAGCACCAGGACUCUCAGUGGGGAUCCGGGCCUUUCCAGUGACCCUGAGACUGAACUGCCACUAUAUGGAAGCCAUUUUGGUAAGGGCCCUAUGUGGAAGCCAUUUUGGUAAGGGCCCUGUGUGGAAGUCAUUUUGGUAAGGGCCAUUUGUGGAAGCUAUGUUGAAGCCAUUUUGGUGAGGGCCCUGUGAGGAAGCCAUUUUGGUAAGGGCCCUUUGUGGAUUGUUGAGAGGGGAAAGUUGUCUUUCACACACCAAGAAGUACUGAUUCUGAUCUUGGUUCUGCAGAAAGUGAAAUCUCAUGACUUGGGGGGGGGGGGGCAGCUCCCAGACCCAUACAGACUGAGUCACGCAGAGGGAAUGAUGAGCAUGAGUGUGUUUGUGUGUGUGCGUGAACUUUUAAUAUUAUCUUUGUGGGAACCAAAUGUCCUCACAAGGAUAGAAAGAUGAGGAAAAUUUAUCUUUGUGGGGGUUAGGGUUAGGGAGAGAGGUUACGUAAUGAAUGUAGUCAUUGGGAAGUUCUCAUAAGGAUAGCAGUACAGGACUGUGUGUAUGUGUGUGUGUGCGUGUGUGUCCCGCACUGCGGGUAAAUCAGGUCUCUGUGGUGUGUUCACACUGUAUCUGAGUGGCUGUGUAUGUGUGGAGGGCCGUCGUCACUGUGAAAUAAACUGAUUAAAAUCCUCUGACUCCCAGAGACACUGUGACAGGUAUCGCAGAGACACUGUGACAGGUAUCGCAGAGACACUGUAGGCAAUGAGAGGCAGUUGAAGGAUUCAAACCCGAGCCCUAAAAGCUGCCAUGAGAACAUAAUUUUAUUGAUGGACCAGAGUAUACUGCCGACAGGCUGUCCUUGUUUGUUUGCAAACUCUCACCAUCUGCUUGGCUGUUUCCCAGCAUGCACCCUGUCUGGGGUAUGACAUGGCUGCCCCAGGGGAGAGCAGCGCAGACCUUUUCUCUGUUGUGUGAUUUAAUGCUGUUCUGCUGGUAUUAAAAGCAAUAGCUCUUUUACUGAAGGACUGAUUACUGUGGGGAGCUGGGGAGGAAUAAACUGCGUCUAGUCCCAUCUCAA